AAAGAAGAUAGGUGAAAUACAGCAAAGUUCCUGAAAGGUAUAGUCGGAGCUAGGUGUAGAGAGGGUAAGUGGCCGAAAAUACGGAUUGUCUAGCCUAGUGGGGACGCGAACGCCAGAGAAAAUUACGGACACAGGCACGAAGAAGCACAAAGUUCUUCUGUCGGCGAAAUAGCAGGAGAAACGGCAGGGUCCCGGCUUGGAGGAGCAAGUGGCGCAUUGUCAACCUAUCUGCGACCACACUGACCACCCUGGAGCUGGAGAAGUUGGAGUGUGAGUACUUGCACUUACCUCCAGAUGCGCACUUCGCACGCGGUUGUGAUGUCUUCCGUGCCGGAGGAGGAGGAGUUGCCGGGGUCCGAAAUGAGUCGCAACAAGGUGAAUGAUAGCAGUAUCUCGUCCUCCUAUGUCGGGGAGGAGGAUGCGGUUUCCGUUUCCUCCAACGAAGACGCUUUGUCCGUGUCGGCGAAGCGAUAUCACACAGCAAAAAGUGAUGCUUGUAAAUGCAAAAGAUAAAGGCUCGAUACAACGACACAAGCAUUAAUAAACGCUGCUGCGUGUUGCUUAUUACCCAUUACAGAUCAAUACCAUUUUGUUUUUGCCAUUUCCGCAUCUUUUUUUUCUGUGUGAUGAUUGGCGCACAAAGGUGUCCGAAUCCCACAGUUCCGGGCUGCACUUGUCCCCGACGGCCGGUGGUGCUGGUGGCACUGCGGCCGGGGCCAGUUCUACUUCCUCGUCUUGCGGGAUCAACAAUUAUCUCACGGAGACAAACCUGAACAGAAACUCUGGCACCAAUCAAUACCACACGACUACCGAGACGCACAGCAGUUUUCAUCUCCGCGGCCGAUCGUCCGACGAGCAUUCCUCCAAAGGUCGGUCGUCCCUGCAGGAACAGUUUGGAGGCGAGCUGCAACCAGGCCCCGCGGAGGGGACGACCUUCUGCAUUCCCUCCUUCGUGCAACACAGCCGGCAAAGUCUGCAGGACGGUUUCAACGCGCUCAGCGGCGGAGGAAGUGGAACAAAUUUUACAAUCACGUCAUCCAGCUACGCCCCCGGGACGGUCAAAAAAGAAGCCGGAACGGCGGAGCACCAGGGUGCGUACGAUGGAAACAAGCAGAAGAACAAGGGUAAGCAGCUGUUCACGGCGACGUGCUUGCUGAUGCUGCUGUUGCUGUCCGUGAUCCUGUGCCUCCUGUGCAUCGCCGUUUACAAUCACGUGUUGACCAACCAGUACAACGGAAACUACAUCCGUCGCUCCUUUUUUUCCACGCUGAACGCGCACAAGAAGAGCGACGAGCACCAGAAGCAGGGCGCCGACGCCUUCCGCCACGCCGGGUCUUCGAGCAGUGUAGACAGUGACGUGUCGUCGUCGAGGGACGACGAUGGGGAGCUGCUGCAAGCUGGGCGUAGUGACGGACUAUCAUCUGCAAGUUCCUCUUUGUUCGGAAGUAGCAGGAGCCUAGGUUCAAGAUCAUCACCUUCGCAAAGAUCUGCCUCGUCCCCUACCGCCGAAUCGACGCUCGGGGGAGCCAAUUUUGCGACAAAUAGUAAUGUGGAAGAACAGGAACAUCAACUUAUGGCAGAGGGAGAACCGUUAGAGGGUGGGAGACGUCGUCCCCAGGAGGUCGACAUUACGGCAUCCAGAUCGAGCCGCGAUUCGUCGUCCCACUCCCUUGAUCUGUCUAUCUAAUGAAAAAUUAAUACCUUGAAUCGACUGGGAAGUGUUGGUUUGCUUUCUCUGGGCCUUCUGAUGAGGAUAAUUCCACAGUACUCCAGUACGUACGCACAUCCGUUUUAUUUGUCUGACUCCAGGUACUAGUUUUCGUACGAUGCAGUCGGUGAGUGAUUUAAGCGCUUUCUCGAAAAGCGCGACGCCGUCUGGAACUCGUGGUACGAAUGGCGUGGGGAUGAGCGGCAGCAGCGCUUUUGCGUCCAGCCCGCUAAAGCGCAGUCCGAGUACGCAAUCGACGACGUCUUGGUAGUAGGCACGGCAAGUAGGAGUGUUUCCUCGUACAAUGUAUUGAUUUAUCUGCUCGACUAAUUUCCAUUCUUAAAAGGAACGCCACAACUACAACCACGUGGACGUGUCAUGCAUUUUGUACGCACAGUAAUUACUUUAACUUUUACAACUUUUGUAGUACAGCGUGGAGAUACAACAACUUUUUCCUUGCAUAGGCACAGCUUGGAGGGAAGUCAGAGUUCCUCGUCUCUACCUCUGGCUGCGUUGUCCGAGGCAGAACAGAAGGAGUUGCGGACCAGCAGCGGCGCUACAGCAGGAAUUGCCAGCGACGCAAGUCUCCGCACGGGCCAUUCGACAUCCUCUGUCUCAGGAAGUUCUUCCAAAGUACCCGGUUCUGCUCCAAGCAGUGCACGAGCUGCGUCAAGAACACCGGAUGUUGAACCAGGCAUCGCAAGAACAACUCUCACGGAAGAAAAGCUUCUGCAAGUUCCGGAACUGCAGCUGGGGAAAAAUGAGUUUGAAGUUGGCGACAAGAAGCGGAACAACAACGACGAAGUCCUGUUCACCGGUGUGCGCCAUCAGUCGAAAAUAGUACCAUUCUCUGCGAUGUUGAACAAGAACGGAAAGGACCUCGACGCUCGUCUUGGCCCUGGUACGACUCCGUCCGCCUCGUCAACAAACCUUCCGCAACUGACCACCCGCGACCACGAAUCGCCGUCUUCGGAUGCGGCGACGGCGACCUACUACGUGGAUGAGUACAACCGCGGGCCUGGUGGCGGUCUGCAGGUAGACAACACGAUUUUGCUAACGUCGGAUUCCGCCUCGGAUUUGCUCAAGUUGUCCGACGCGCAAAUUUUGGAACAGAUCGAGGAGGAGGACGAGGAAGGAGGUGCCGCCGCAGAGACCACUGCGGCCAACCAGAGGAUCCACAGGGUGCACAAAUACAACGGCGGCGAGCGGACUGGUGUUGAAGAGGGGCAGCUUUUGUCUUCUGCAACGGGCUCAUCAUCUUCCAGUUUUCCAUCACCGACGGAAGACGUUACAACAAUUCCCGAGCGACAACAAAAAGACGGCUCAGGGGACGAUGCAGAAGAUUCCUCUACCGAGCCGGAGAUCAAAUCUCGGGAGAUCCACUUCAAAGUUCCCGCGGACCACACGCACGAUCGAGAAUCACUGGGUUCCUAUCCGAAAUCACCGCGAGGACACGCGAAAGACUCAGGUGCGGCGCAAAGUGUUGCGGGAGGUCUCGAGGAAGGGGAGAAAAAUGGGGGGUCGCUAGGCGUCGCUUAUGAAGAGGGUGGUCGUGAAGGAGCAGAGGAGAAAGAAGAAACUACUGAGACCAGCACCUACAAAGAACCGCCCCGCGGUGGGGGACUGGCCGCGCCGGCGGACCAAGACACGGAGGUCGCAGGCGAUGAGGAACUGCGUGUCGGUCGCACAGAGGAAAAAUUACAAGCGGGCUCGGAAGAACAAAAUUUGCUCACGAAGACUCCAGACGACGACCGUAGGAUGGUCGAGAUGUACUUCAAGCAGCAAAAGCGAAACCAGGAAGCGGCUGAAUUAAGUUUACCGAACCAGAAUCGUCGCGAAGGCCGGUCGCGGACGCCGUCGACCCUCGGGACCUACCCGAAAAGCCCACGCAGACGGUCCAUUUCCACUGACAAAAUCCUGAUGCCGAGGUCGGCAGAGCAGACAUUUCCGAGCAGAGAAACGACUGCAGCCUCCGACACUGGUAAGCGGGAACGUCGCGCACAAGACGCCCAGAACGUGUUCAAGAGCGAUCUGUUUUUUUCCGUUUUGAAAUUUCCGCUCGACGACGCGACGGAGUUGCGGGACGAUGGUGCGGAGAUGGGCGGUCGAAAAGCCAGCCGCCUGCGGUACCGACUCCCCGAGUUGGAUCUGGAGGAGGCUCUGAACAUGGUAAAAGCAGCUUCUUCCAGUAACACCGCGGCUGCAGUAGACGCCGAUGUUGGAGCAAGAACGAUCUUUCAAUCGGCGGUGCUGAGCUACAGUCCCUCUACGCAACUGUCCGCCGUCGCGCUCGCACCGCCAAUGCCGGUGGUCAGUACAACCAGCAAAAUAUUGCAGAAUGUCGUCGUCGAACUGCCGCCGCCGGUAGAAGAGAACGAGACCGAUACUGCGCAAAAAAGUGAUGUUCAUUCUGGUCAGCACGAGCGAGUCGCAACCACCUUGCAGCCGGAUACGGUCUUCAUUCUGUGUUGGUAUUUGGUGAAACACGAACAGCCAGAAGAAGGAGAAGAUCUUCAAGGAGCGGAGGAAAGAACUACAAGCACGAGUACUUCUCAUUUUCCAAAAGACCAUGCAUUGGAUUCGCAGCGCGAAAAACUUCCUUACAUGCUGAUUGAGAACGCGGGGAAGGUGUACAGUGCGCUGCAGAACGAAGUUUUGCUGGACGCCAUCGAAACCUCGGAGGACGCCUACCCUAGUACAUUGGCGAAGCUGAGUACAACUACAGAAGGAUUCGAUAGCGAAGGUAGCCAGUUAUUCAGGUCGGAGGUUUUUAAAAGCGGGGAAGAUCAUGAAGCAGUUACCCGCCCGCAACAGGCGCUCAACACCGCGGUGGACAACCAGGACUACAGCGGGGACCUCCCUGCCAUUGCACCAAAGACCGUCCUUCCGGAGCCAGAGGAAAUUUUCUAUUCCGCCAGCUCACAGCUCCCAUUCGAGUCCGUCAAAAGUAGUGCUUCUAAUCCGAUUACAACACCUUUCUCGACUAGAGGAGGAAUUGGGGCCACCACAGGCUCGGACAUUAGUGAGAACGACUACCAGCAGCUUAUUGAGUCGUCAGAGUCGCUGGCGAGUGGGCGCAAGGACCAAGGAAGUGCUGUUGCUACUGUUCCGCCGGUGCAAUUAGGGGGUCCACAACAUCUCGGCUCGCAGCAAGAGCAGGACGUGCCCCCGCAGAUGACACAGUUUUUGGGGAACGUCGUGCGCAAACUGCUCCAGGACGUGAAGCAAGCUGUAAAGAGCGAGCGCAACUGGCAGAGCUUUGAUCUGACGCAUGCCGCGACGCGGCCGGCGCGCCUGAAGCAACUCUACGCAGUGUUCAGCUUGCUUCCCCGAGGGAAGUAUGAUUUGCGCUUGCAUUUUGACUCCUUCGAUAAGGAGCCUAGUAGUGAAGAAACAAGUAAUGGUUUAUUCGGGGCACCACAAGUGGGCACCGAAGGUGAGGGUCGCCGUGAAGGAGUGUUGUCCCUGCAACGUGGACGAGGGGACGAUCAUGCGGCUCCCAGUGGCACGACAUCAGCGGUGACCACUUCAAGUGCGUCGAAUGGUGCCCUCGACGUGCCGUCAACUACUGCGGAAGAAGUUCAUCAAUCUUUUCGUGCCGCGAAGUACCUGGACGUGUCCUUCGAAAAGUCCGCCGCUGGGGCGCUCUCACCUUCCGGGCGGAACCAGCAGACCGCUGGGUCCACGUUCCUAUGGAUUGCAAAAAUGUCUGGGUCUGGAAGAUUGCAACUUGUCGUGCUGUCUUUGGAGUCUAAAAAUAUCUGUAUUGCGUGACCAGCAACAGGAGUCCAGUUUGUGUUACGCGGAGAGGGAAUUUCUCAUGCGGAAGAGUCAUCAGGAAGCACUCUAAAAAUCCGUGAUGCUAGAUCAUGCAUUACAUGCAUCAUGGAUCAUACAAAAUAUGCAUCACAAACCCCGGAAUCUUCCAGACCCAGACACUUUUGCAAUCCAUAGUUCCAGCUGUUGCACCAUCCCGCGAUCGAAGACGACCGCAAGCACCCUAUCCUAUUUAAAAACGUCAGCACCCCAUAGUUGUAAUGCAAAUCUACAUGCUGAAAAUGUUUUUCAUGCGGAGCCCCAUGAGAAGCAGUUUCUAGUCGUGUUUUGCAAUUUGUCAUGCUCCAAUCAGCAUAGUAUGCUAGGUCUGCGAUGCUGCUGAGCUAGCUCAAACAGCACUACACUACGAGUCCAAAUUUGUGAUGCAAAACAGCCAAAACUUGGGGAUUUGUCUAGCCGAUUCCCCAUCUUGACUAUGGUGUGGGGACAUUUUUACUCAGGAUACACCCGGGGUCGCUCCUGCUGGGCUUCAGCUUUGCAAAAUUUCUCAAGAUCAACCGGGAGUUGUCGCACAUGCGCUUCGUUCGACCGGGCUCCGAGGGCGCGGGCCUGUGGAAAAUCAUUCAGGCAGAGUUUUUUGGAGCUGCGCGCGGCGGCGACCAACUCCUAAACGGUGGAGCGAACAAUCAGGUGAACAGAGCAGGGGCAGCAUCGUCGAUUACGGCUACGAAUUCGAAUUAUUUAUCUAGCGGGACCACGAGCGCAACAAGAGACGGCGACUCUGGUGCGCUGAGCAGUUCUGCAUUCGGAUUAGCAGGGGCAAGCCACCUGAGCAAGAUCAUGCAGCCGACCUCGCAGCACCCCUUCCAGCACGCCAGCCGGGGAUCGUUGUUUGCGAACCCGUGGCACGACGACGACGAGGAAGUAGACCAUUACGGUGCCUCCACCGGCGCACCGGCUUUCGAGCAGCACGACGAGGACCAGAGCUACUUCCAUCGCUCGGGACCUUCUUCUACUCCCUCGCCUGCCAGCAGCGCAACGACCCCCUUGGUCAGCAAGGUGGAGAUCUUGCGGAAGCACCACGAGAGAGCGACGUCGAACAACAUCAAACAUUUCGAUAACUUUGAGAUAUUUGUGAUGGCGGACAACGGAUCCAACGGCUCCGUGGACACCUACCUCGGGACACAAAUUCUGGAGACGUACAUCCAGAGGAACAUUCCGCUCUACGAGCGCCUGCACAAGCUCCCGGCCCUACAGUUUCCGGAGGUUUUGCCCCCCGACGGUGCUUGCUUCGGCAUCGUGCUGGCCUUCCUGCUCACGUCGAUUCGCAACUACGCGUUCGGAGCGCAGCAGCCGUCACCGCAGCUCGCGGGCACGAACGACAUAGAAGGAAAAAGUACUCAAACUACCAAGAAGCUAUCAACUUCGUCGUCGCUGUUCUCGCCGGAGGCUUUGAACCGGUUUCAGUCGCCGAAUAUGCUGCACCGAACGCUGCAGGCGGUGUUCGAGUCCGUGAUUUACUUCGACCGUGCGCGCGAAAAGAAGAUCGGAAGCCAUUACGGGCGCAUCAUCAACGGGCUCAGUUCGUUGUUCGGGUUCGAGAUUGGCGCCCCGAAGACCUAUUUUCUGGCGGAAGACCCCGAACUGCUACAGCCGCAAGUAGGUGGGAGCACAAGCAGCGAGGAUGCGAGCGAGCGGAGGACCCCCGAGAGGACAAAAAGAACCUCGAUUUUGCAGCAGGUGUUCACCGAUGACAUCCAAGAUGGUCUCUACGUGUUUACCAUCGGCAAGGACGGGGACCAGCACGCCACCGCGAUUGCGAAGGUGGACAAUCAGAUUUUGUGGCUGGAACCGAACCAGGGGCUCAUCUUCUUCGAAACCUCGGCCGCUGACAAGCUGAAGCCCUACAUCCAGGUCUACGAGAACCUCGCGUCCAAGGACGGCUUCCAGCGCCACAGGGGAAAAUUGUACCCGGUGCGGGGCAUCGCGGAGCCCGACCUGAACCUGCUGCAGCUCGCUGAGCGGGCUAAUGAACGGCCGUGA